AUGUCCUCCCAGCUCUCUCUCGUCCACGGGCCUAAAGAACCCGCCCUCUGGCUCGACAAGACGCUAUGCGCCGUCAUUGACCAGCAGGAAUCAUCUUUUCCCGAUCGCACGGCUUUAAUUGUGCCAUGGGAAUCUACUCGUCUUACCUAUCGCCAGCUCGCUGACCGCAGCCGGGUGGUCGCAAAGGCGCUGCUCGGGGCGGGACUGCGACACGGCGACUGUAUAGGGAUCAUGGAUGGCAACAGCUACGAGUACAUCGAGGUCUUUCUUGGUGCAGCUCGAAUUGGGUGUCCUGUUGUUGUCUUGAAUAACACAUAUACCCCGGAUGAGCUGAGGAAUGCAGUCUAUCGCAGCUCCUGCAAGAUCGUGUUUAUAGCACCGAACAUUGGAACGCGCAGCCUGGCGGAUCACGUUGAGAAUCUCCAGGCAACGAAUGGAAAGAAUUAUGAAUUGUCAGAGCUGCAGCAGGUCAUUCUGUUCAGGGCUGACAUGCCCUCGGCCAACAAUAUGCUGGACACAUACAGCAACUUUCUCCGCAAGCAACGUGCAGCAUCUGUAGACAGCGAACUGGCACAGGCAGAGGCGAAGCUCGCCCCUGAGGACGUUCUCAAUCUGCAGUUUACAUCUGGAACCACUGGCUCGCCAAAGGCAGCGAUGUUGACAAACAUUAACAUCGUCAACAACGCACGCUUCGUCGGAAACGCAAUGCGCCUUACACCCUCCGACGUGGUCUGCUGCGGGCCACCGCUAUUCCACUGCUUCGGCCUUGUAAUGGGAUUCCUCGCCUCAUUCUGCUACGGCGCAUCCAUCAUCUUCCCGUCUGACCACUUCCGCGCCAACUGCGUCGUCGACGCUCUCAUGGCCGAGGAUGCGACCGUCCUCCUGGGCGUCCCGACAAUGUUCAUAUCGGAGCUGGAGAUCCUCGCAAAGACAGGCCAGAAGCCGCGUCGGCUGCGCACCGGGCUGGCCUCGGGCUCGGCGGUAUCUCAGACGCUGAUGAAUGAGAUCCGGGCGCGCAUGGGCGUGGAUAAGAUGCUGAUUGCGUACGGGAUGACAGAGACCAGUCCGGUUAAUUUCAUUACAUCGCUGGAUGACCCUGAAGACAAGCGGAUUUCUACAAUCGGGCGGGUCAUGCCGCAUACGCUGGCAAAGGUGGUGGACAAGCACGGGAAGAUUCUUCCUCGGGGGCACAGAGGGGAGCUGCUUGUCGGUGGAUAUGCACUGCAGAAAGGGUACUGGAAGAACGAGGAAAAGACGCGCGAGGUCAUGAAGCUCGAUGCAGAUGGAGUCCUCUGGAUGCAUACAGGCGACGAGGUGAUGAUUGAUGAGCAGGGAUAUGGGCAUAUCACCGGGCGUAUCAAGGACCUCAUUAUCCGGGGAGGAGAAAACAUAUUCCCCCGGGAGAUCGAGGACCGACUGGUGGCGCAUUCCUCGAUCAGCGAAUCCAGCGUGGUGGGCAUCAAGGACGAGAGGUACGGCGAGGUUGUGGGCUGCUUCUUAAAGGCAACUCCGGGCUGCCAGAGAGUGCUCGACAAAGAGAUCCAGCUGUGGGUUGAGAGCACCCUGGGCAGGCAUAAAGCACCGCAGCAUGUCUUCUGGAUUGGCGACGCUGCAGUGGGCAACGACUUCCCCAAGACUGGCAGUGGGAAGCACCAGAAACACCUGCUCAGAGACACGGGCAACCGUCUGGUGGCACAGCAGAAGCCCCGUGCGCGUCUAUAG